UCUCUUUCUUUCUUUCUUUUCUUUGUUACUUUAUUUUUCUUUUUCUUUUUUUUUUUACUCCCCACUUUCAUUUUAUUAUAUCAUGACGGAUACUUCUACUGUGGAAACAACAAACGAAAUAUCAUCUAAAGUCAACAAGGAUACCAACCUAGUACAAGAAGACUCCGCCAAAGAAACACCAGUAACUGAAGAUACCGAGAAAGUAGCAAUAGAAGAAGAAGACGAAUUUACUGAUGCUGUAGGCGAAAGUCAUGAAGAAGAAGAAGAAGACGACGACGACGAAGAAGAAGAAGAAGAAGGAGGAGGUUUACAAGAAGGUGAUGCUCUUGGUUUAUCUAUGGUCAUUAGUGCUUUACAAGGAACAGUACAACAACAACAGCAACAACAACAACAACAACAGAAGGAAGUACAAGUAACUAGAGAAGAGGAUUCAGAAAGCAAACCUGAUGAUAAUGGCAAACAAGAAUUAACUAUUGAUGUCAAUACCUCAGCUACGGCAUCUACUGGUGAUGAUACAAGUGAACCUAGUACUCCUGUCCCUGGCGAUAUCUCCAGUGAUACUCCUUCCAACAAGAAACCUGAGUUAACUUUGCAAACCGAUCUUUUACGUAAAAGCCUUGAACUUCCUGCUGAUAAGAACAUGGCUGAUUAUGUCACUCCUCCUACACCUGGGGUUGCUCCUACUACCUCGACCGAAUUACCAAAGGAAUUACAACAAGAUCAAGAAUAUUCUCAAACUAAUACCAUUGUACCUGGAAAAAUUGACUUGAAAUCUGUCUCUGCAAAUACCCUUGGACCUCGUGAACAAGAGAAAUAUGAUCAAAAUAUGCUUAAAGGAAUGCAAGCUUUCUUUAACAACAAGUUUGCUGAUGCUAAAAGUAUCUUUAGUACUCGGUCGGAAAAUGAUCCUCUCUAUGCUUUGGGACUUGGAUGUAUGGCAUUCAUUAAAGCUAUUAGUUCCUCUGACCCGAAAGACGCAGAAAACGCUAUUCUUACCUUGACUGAAACAUACCAAUUCGCCAAUGCUCAAAUAGAAGCUGCCUCAGCAAAGAAGCCUUUGAAAGAUACAGUAUCACAUUAUAUCACCAACUUGAUGGGAACCAAUCCAACCAAUUUACCAACCAAUACAAGACCUCUCAACCAAGAUGAAAUGAACAAUCAACCUACUUUCAUAUCAAAUGGUGCUCUUCGUGCUCAUGUUAUUAAGGCUGAAUGUGGUUUAUUGAUGGGGAUCAUUCAUUUGACUCAAGAAACUGUAGUAGGAUAUUUGAAAAUGGGAAUGAAUCUUCGAAGAGCUUAUAGCAGUUACAGUUUGGUAUGGCAAGAAUAUAAACGUAUGGGACAAGAUUUUCAAAAAUAUUUGGAUCAAGAUACCAUUUCAGCUAUUCAAUUCGGUAUUGGAUCUGUCCAUCUUUUACUAUCAUCAUUACCACCCAAAAUUCUUCGUAUUGUAUCUGCAUUUGGUUGGAAAGCUGACAAACAUCUUGGAUUUGCUCUUUUGAAAUUGUGUCUUGAAGGUCGCCGUAUUCGAUCACCAUUGGCAUCUAUGAUGUUAUUAUCCUAUUAUGUUAUCCUUACAUCUUUUGCGCCACAACUGCUUACUCAAGAAUUAGUACAACCUGCUAUUGAAUGCUUAUUGGAUGCUCAACAAACAUAUCCCAAUUCCGCCUUCUUUUUAUAUUUUGCCGGUCGUGUAUCAAGACUUGCCAAAAAUCUAUCGCUUUCAACACAAUCCUUUGUUUACACCUAUGAAGUAAGUCAGGGCGCAUGGGCUGAAACCACAAUGGGACAUUUGGCUACGUUUGAAAUCGCAUUCAACUGUGCAAUGGCAUUGGAUUGGGCAAGUGCAUCUGAACGACUGUUGGAACUUCAAAACAAACAUCAUUCACCUGCUUUUGUCAAAUACUUUUAUGGCGCAUGUGCUGAAAUGAUGGGCAAUCGAACCGAAGCCAUCCUAGCGUUUGCUGAAGCACCCAAACUAUUGAUGGAUAAGAAAAAGAAAUCACAAAUGGAACACUAUGUGACCCGUAAGGUAGAGUUUUUCGAACAAAGUGGAUAUCAAGAUAUGGACUUUAGCUUGCCAGCCUUGGAAAUCUUGGCCAUGUGGAACUGUUUCCCUACGAUGUCUGAACAAGCUUUGGAACAAUGUUUGGUGUUGAUCGAUACUACUUUGGAAGCCAUUUAUGAACGAGAAAAGCAAGAAUAUGAAAUUCGUGUGAUUGAAUUGGCUCCUAAUGCCCCUGUGCCUGAUUAUUAUGAUCAACGUGGUACUUUGCUAGUCAUCAAGUCUUCUAUUCUCAAUUCAUUGAAUCGUCCUAGGGAUGCUAUUGUUCAUUUGAAUUGGGUCAUUGAUCACAAGGAUCAUGUUAAAUAUUCCAAAUGGAUCGUACCUUUUGCUUAUUGGGAAUCUGGUAUCACAUUGUGGGCUCUUGAAGAUUUCAAGCGUGCAAGAGCUUUAUGGGAGCAAGCAUUAUCAUUCUCAGGUUACGAUUUCGAAUAUCGUUUAGCUAUUCGAUUAAACUUGGCUAUCACUCAUGCUAUUGAACUUGGUGUUCCAGAAACUCCACCUACAAAACCAGAAAAAGGUUUGACUACGCAUGGACGAAAAAGAAUGUCGAUCAUCAAUCGAUUGACAAGUAGUUCCAGCACACCCAUGACUCCUGUCAGUCCCAAUCCUCUCUCUACUUAGUCUCUUAUUUUAUUAUUCUUAUUCUUAUUGAUCUUUUUGAUAUUCUACUUUUUAUAUAUCUUUUGUUGGAUUACUUUAUUUUUUUUCUUCUACAUUAUUUUAUUGUAAUCUUACUUCUAUUUUGCAAAUUGUAUGUAUUCCAGUCUUCUUUUUCCAUUUGAUUACCCCUUUUGUUUCAAUAAAUUCUUGCUUUUUUAUAUAACAA